AUGGACUUUCUCGUUAUAACUCUCACGCUCCACCGACUCGGCGCGGCCGCUCUCCUAGUCCAUCCGACCAGCACAGCCGCCGAGUUCAAACAGCACCUCCUCAAGGUGCGCGCCGACGCGGUCUUCACUUGCGCUCAUCUGCUCGCGGAAUGCCUCACGGCAUGCGACGGCGAGGUGCUCAAGGCCCGGACGUACAUUCUCGACCUCCCAGGCACGCCAACAGACCAGUCCUUCACAUCGUCAUCGCAGCUCCUCGAGAUAGGCAGGCAAGCUCCCGAGUUGCCACCGCGCGGACUCGCGUCUCCCAAGACAGCAGCCUUCUACUUCGCCUCGAGCGGGACCUCGGGGCUCCAGAAGCUCGUCAAGGUGUCGCACUACAACGUCAUCAACAACGUUCUGCAGUCGUGCGCGUUCGAGAAUCGCAAGGCCACGGGCGAGAAGCUCGACCGGAUGCUGGGCCUUUUGCCGCUCAGCCAUGCCUUCGCCCUCGUCGUGGCCUGCGUGAUGCUCUACCGCGGCGACACGAUGGUGCUGCUGCCCAAGUUCGACAUGCAGCAGAUGCUCAAGAGCGUGCAGGUCCAUCGCAUCAACCGGCUGUACCUGGUGCCGCCAGUCGUGGCGGCGCUGGCCAAGAACCCUUCCCUGCUGAACCUGUUUGAUCUGAGCACUGUCGAGAACGUCGUUCCGGGUGCCGCGCUCCUUGAUGGCCGCAUCGCAGACCAGAUGCGGGCGCUGUGUCCCCAUUGGGCGCUAUUGCAAGGAUACGGCGUGACCGAGGCCGCCGUGCGGCCUCCUGCUCGGGGUCGGGUCCUCGGGGAGCUGUGCAUCCGGUCACCGAGCGUGGUCGAGGGCUACGUCGACGACGACGCAGCCAAUCAAGCUAACUUUACCGCCGAUGGAUGGCUGCGCACAGGAGACAUGGCGGUAUUACGACAGAGUCCUGCGACCAGCGACGCUCAUCUGUGCAUUGUGGACAGGAUGAAGGACUUGAUUAAAGUCUACAGCUUGCAAGUCUCUCCCGCUGCGAUCGAGGCCGAGUUACUUUCGCACCCGGCCGUAGCACAAGCUGCCGUUAUCCGGGUCGCCGAUGACGCGUCGGGCGAGGUGCCACACGCCAUCAUCGUCUUGCAGCCGGAUGCUCUCAAAGGCCUGGAAGAAGCAGGUGAGAACGGGGAGGAAGCGCUCAAGGACAGCAUUGCCCAAGUCAUUGAGGAGAGAAUGAGUACAUGGCAUUGGCUGAAAGGUGGCAUCGUGUUUGUGGAGAGUAUUCCGGUCAGUCCGGCCGGCAAGGUGCUGAAAAAGGUGUUGCGUGAGCAGCAUGGCACCCGAUGA